CUUCGUUACAGUUCGUUUCCGCUUGGUUCUCUUACUUGGAGCUCCGUUUCAUGUUUGCCGUCAGCGGGCAAUCCAGGAAGCGGCUCCGAUCCAACGUCGCUCCCGUGAAGAGUGAUCGUUCGUCGGGUCCGCUCAAGGGCGCGGUCAUCUGCUUGACGGGGAUCGAUCCCGAGGAGAAAGACCAAUAUCACGAAAUGAUCGUCGACUUGGGAGGUAUAUAUACACGAGACCUGGAUGUAUCGAAGAAUACUCAUUUGAUUGCGGUGGACCCGGUCGGCGCCAAGUAUGAAACGGCAAAGACGACAAGUUCCAUUCGGAUUGUACAACCGGCUUGGCUAGAAUCUUGUUUCGGCAAUAGAGCACUUAUCGACGAGCUAAAGUACAGCUUGGAUUUGCCGGUGAACAUGACGACGAAAGAGGUCGUUGUCUCUACGAGCGAUUCAUUGCCCGAGGCAUUGGAUCGGCUACUGUUGGGUUCGCUAAAUAAUUUUCCCAGCGACAUAUUUAUCGGCUCCCUGUUUUACCUUUUAGACUUUCAGGAACAUUCGGAGCUGCUUUUAAAAGUUGGUCGGAUUAUUCGGCGGGGUAUGGGAACUGUUUGUUGGGAGUUCAAUGAUUCCAUAUCACACGUGAUUGUGAACGACAGCUGCGACGACUCUUUUCGAGACGCAGCGCGCACCUUGACGGCGCAAAAUCGAGGCUCUCCUGUUUUCGUGUCGCCGUGGUGGAUUCUUGCGUCCUGGCGAAAUGGCUCCCAGUUAGCCAAGCCAUCGGAGUUUGAGCCGCGGUACGAAUCAAAACAGAAGAGCUCUACUCCGGUUACGUCAAAGGAAGCAUUAUCGGAAAUAAUAGACAGAAAGACCGCAUCCAUCUUUCGUGGUUGCGCUUUUGCACUGUUACGAGUUUCUCCUCCGCCUUGGGCUGUCGACUUUGAUUCAGACAAAUUGGAAUUGUCCAUUCAGCAGCACGGUGGACAGAUGCUGUCGCUGAAGUUGGUGGAGGCGAUCAAGACAGACCGAGCUAAGGGAAGCCAGCAGCGUCGAUGUUAUGUCAUUUGCUGGGGUGGCUUCGAUGAGACGCAUCUUUCGAUUCAUCCACUCCUGGCUCAAGUCAAACGUAACGACCUAUGUGAACUAGUUUUGGCAUCGCCAAUAUGGUUUCUUACGAGUAUCGCAGAGCAAAAGAUUGUCAGGGUGCAGCGCGAUACCAUUCUAUUCGCUCCACAAUUUUGGCCCAUGUGCCGGUUGAUAAAAGCCCCUGCGAAGACAAUCGAACACGACCAAGUUCUCCGGAUUUCUGUGACAGGAUUUAGCGGCUCGCAGCGCACUGGAUUGGUACAGUUGAUCAACCUUUCCGGGGCGACCUACGACGAUUCGAUGCGGACACAUACAACACAUUUGAUUUGCAGGGAACCUUCUGGUCCGAAGUAUGGUAAAGCUAUCGAGUGGAAAAUCCACGUUGUUACAGUAGAAUGGCUUUAUCAUGUGAUGCAGUACGGGUACAAUGGAGCUUCCAAAUCUGCGAAUGGAUGCGAGGAACGCUUUCGUUCGGCACCAGUGGUAGAUACUUCUUGUACAAAGGACGCGUAG